AUGCAAUUAACUACUUUAUUAUCUGCUGCUGCCGUUGCUGCCGUCGCUUUCGCUGCCGACGUUUCUGGUGACAUUACUUACGUUGAUGUUACUACUACCCCAGAAGUUACUGUUUCUGCUGUUUCUACUGUCAAGACCACAUCUACUCCAGUAACUACUACUACUGUGGCCACUACAACUAGUGCCCCAACCACCACCGCUACCGCUGUUUCUUCUGCUACUACUACCAGCUCAGUUGCUGCCGCUUCCACUACCACUGCCGCUGCUGCCACUACUGCUGCCUCCACUGCCGCCACCACUGCUUCUAUUGCUACUGUUGCUGCCAUUUCUCAAAUCGGUGACGGUCAAAUCCAAGCUACCGCCAACACUGCCAGCACUACUCUAGCAACUCUUGCUGUUGUAUCUCAAAUCAGCGAUGGUCAAAUCCAAGCCACUAACCAUACCAUCUCUGCCUACGAGGGUGCCGCCAACUCCGUCAAGGUUGGUGCUGGUGCCUUAGUCGCUGCUUUCGCCGCUGCCUUGUUAUAG